UACCAGUAAAAUAAUCUUUAAUGCGAUUUCUGCAGGUCCAAAGUAAUUACCACCAAGCAACAAUAUGCACUAAUGGUUGAGCUGUUACAGCAAAAACCUGAAAUGGCGCAGAGUUUUACCAAGUGCCCUAAAGAAGAAGUGGCAGCUUUUUGGAACAAUAUGGCCCAAGAACUCAAUAGUGUUGGUCCGCCUAUCAAGGAUAUUUCCAGCUGGAAGAAGGUAUGGCUUGACUGGAAGGCCUAUAUAAAAAGGAAAUUAGUUGAAAAUAAAAAGGAGCAGUCAGCUACUGGUGGCGGCAGAAAUAGGCAGCACCAUUUCAAUGAAUUGGAGGAAGCGGUGAUCACACUAACGGCAUUGCAAACAAGCACAAGUGGUAUCGAGAAUACUGUGAGCAUCGGCUUACCUAUUGCAGCCGACGUGGGCAAUGAGACAGAGGCUGACGUAUCAAUGCCAUCAGUGGCCUGCAGUCCAGCACUACCUAGACGUACUACUAGGCCACCGGAAACAUCUACAGCCGAUUUAAUUAAAGAGCAAUUUAAUAUUCAAAAAGAAUUUCAAGAAAAGAUUAUUGAUAAGUUGGACGAUCUCUCUUUACGUAUGCGACGAGUAGGCAGAGCAUUGAAAAUGCAAAAUGAUUUAAAAAAAGCGGAAGCGGAAGAAAUUAGAAGGCACAACAUAGCUAUGGAGAAUUUGAUAGCUGCUAAAAAUUCCAUUAAACAGAAAAUGUUAGAGGUAGAGGAGAAAAAAUUGCAAGCCAUGACAAAAAAUAAUUAA